GGGUUGAAUUUCCAUCAUACGAAGUGACCACUAACCAUGAGUUGCACUACGAGCGCGACCAGCUUUCCAGCGCCCAACAUCCUGCCUGCUGGUGUCUUCAUAGGCCCAUCAGGUCGACCUAUUAUAGAGGAACUCUCCAAAGACGCUCGACCCCACCGCACCAAGUCUCCGAAGGUCCAGAAUUUUGAGCGAGCCCCAUCAUGGCCCUCUCGGACUCGCUUUGAUGAAGCAAUGUUGCAUCAUCGAGUUAGGACGAGACAGCAUCUGCAUCUCGCUGAAGUGGUCAGAGAUUCCAUACGGGCGGAGUGGCACUUUGCGAAGAGACGUUGGAUCGCCGCCAAGGCUCAGAUGGAUAUCAUCCAUACCGAAUUACGAGCUCUGGAGAAUAAAUUGGAAGACGCAGACGUGUAUUUUGGCACAGAAUGUCGCGCUUUGUUUGCAGAAGGAAUAACCAUCACAUCUCCUUCUGAACAAGAGGAGUCAGUGGCCCGCCGAUCGGGGUUCCCAGCAGCAUGUUUAGAGGGAGAGGGAAAGGUUGAGCGUGAAACCAAUCGGAAAGCUGUGGCGGAGAUGCAUACGUCUAGUGGAACCCGGGAUGUUCGAGUCGAUGCAUCCCCAGACCACCAUGUUCUGGAUUCCAUCAACAUUGAGGAAUCUUCUGUGGAGAGUGGUGAAUGGAACCCCGUUCGCAAAUGGGUUCAGUCUGUUGCACGCUCAGCACCGUUAGGCGUCGAAGGAGAGGUGGGUCAUAAAGAGGUAGACAAGAGUCCGGCCCGGGACUUCCGAUUGGCUGAUGUCUAGCAUCGUUGAGUUGGAUCAGACAGGAUCAGACGCCUUCACUGUGAUGCUCACAACGUCCACUUUGAAGUUUGCGCUGCUUUUCCAUCACCUGUAUGUUACAAAACUAACACUGUCUUCGCUGCGGGUGUCUCGAAAUGAAACUGAGAAGAUUACAUGUU